AUAAAGUAGGAAGUAAUAGAAAAAAGAUGGCGGCCAGUGGUCGCCACGGCGGUCGACCUUUCGUUAAAAGUGGCCGAUUCAGAGCUCGACAUGAAAGUGCAGACGAAAUUUUGAAGCUUGAUUUUUCGAGAGACCCAAAUGAAAAUUUGAAAGAGAUUUUAGCUGUCAUAGUUUCCCAAAGUAGUGUACCAAAAUCUAAGAAGCUAGCAUACCUGAAUGCUUUAGUCAAACUUUUACUCAAAUAUGGAAAUGACAAAUACUCAGGCUUCACAAAGAGAGAUAUUUUGUGUUGUUUAAGGGUAGGUUUAUUCCAUGAGGCAAAAGAAGUGCGGGCAGCAGUGUUAAGAGUGCUGCGGUACUUUCUCCGGGACCAAGAGACCGUCGAUUUAUUUUACACUCUCCACAUAGAUUACUUAAUUGUCAGGUCAAUAGAUUUAUGUUUAGACAAUGAAGUAGAAAGAAUACAUGGGAUUAAACUAGUCAGAAAAAUUCUGCAGAUUGCACCCAAGAAAUUGUCUGAUCUCUUGUUUUAUCCAUUGGUUGCCAUAAGUAAUGAUGGAACAGCUGAGAGAGACAGAAUGGUCAGGAUAGCUCUAGAAACUAUAUGUGAAACAGCAUUUGUGAAUCCGGAGUUAUUGGCAAGAUGUGGAGGAAUUGGUGCUAUUUUAAGAGCAGCUCUGGACUGCCAUCAGUAUCCCAGAAUAAACGAAUCACUGGUGUCCACCAUUCUCCAUCUACUGAACCAUCCCAGAACCAGGCAUUUCAUCAAAUUCAAUACAGACCUGGAGCAACUGUUAGCCCCCUUCACAGACUGCCAUUACAGAUUCAGUGCUGAGUCGUCAGAACAAUCCUCAGGUGAGGAGAAAGAGAAUCGAUUUGCAGCCAGUAAAAUGGCCGUCGUCUCUAUCAUGCGGACUUGGUCAGGAAUAAUUCGUUUCUGUCGACCAGAUGGCAGUGGUUUACAGUCGCUUGUUGGCAUUCUCUACCUACCAUACAAAGAAAUUAGGCAUGGAAUACUAGAGAUUUUAUUUGAUUUAUUUCGUUUGAAAAUUCCUGAGUCAACAGAUGAUUUCAACACAGCUUUACUAAGUGUGGAUCCGUCGGAAAUGCAGGAGAACUGGAAGAUAACAGAUGGGUUUGUGGCUGAGGAGGGGAAGUGCAUACUGCCCCACAUGGCAAAAAUCAGACCAAAUUUAAUAGAAAACCAUUUAGCAUUACUUCUGUCUGCAUGGAUUGGAGCAGGGAUUCUAGAGGCAUUAGUAGAAGUUAUAAUCAGCAGUGAUCGUCAGCUCUUUGUUCGUGCCACAAUCCUCCUUGGUGACCUACUUCAUUUAGCCAGUACCAUGCUUCCUCCUGAGUGCUCCCAUCACAACCACUGUCUGCCAUCACUCCUGGCCCUAGCCUCCUCACCUGAUCUCACCUCAGCUCAGACAUUUCAAGCCAGAGAAGCCAUUUAUUACUUAGAGCGUCUUCAUGCCAUGAAGAAGCGAGGCCCUGUGCCCAGCAGUCUUUACCUGGAUCAGCUGAUUCAGAGGAAUGGAGGUAGACCUGUAGGACAGACAAAAUUCUACCUGAGGAAGAAAUAUGACCUUUACAUCAAUAAAUCUCCCACAGAGGAUAUGAUAGGACAGGCCAUUAAAGAUUCCAAUGUUGUCAACACCAAGGAUAUUGUUAACUGGGACUGGGAUCUGGUACCUGCUAUCCUGAAGUGGCCAGAGGAAAAGUUAAGAAGACUGGAUGACCAACUUACACUGAAGUUCUUUAAGAGGCUUGUACAGUUUUACAAACCGACCAAUCACAGAUUUUCAAGACUAGAGAUCAACCACAAACUGACUCAGAUGAUGGUACAUUCUGGUUGUCUGUUGGUGGACUUUCUGUUGUCAACUGAACAGGAUGAAGUCCAGAAACUGGCUCUAGAUUUUAUAGGAGAUAUAGGGGGGUGCAUGUCUGAGAUUGCACAGCAGCGUUUGGUACCAGAGUCCGUACUGAGUCCAGGGAAUGUCAUUAACACAUGCAGUCAGUUCUACUUUCUGUUUGUGGGCCGAUUCUCGGGGACUGUUUUGGGGGACAAAUAUCUAGAAAAAACUGGUGUAUAUCAGUAUUUACUGGACAUAGUUUCCAUAGCACCCCAGGACAGCUUUGUAAAAUUGUCUGUCUCCAGCCUUAACUACAGUAAGGAUGGUAAUACCAGACCAGUGCUGGCCAAAGCCCUGUGUUCUGCCACAGAGUCUGCCCGUCUCUACUGCACCAAGUUUCUGCGUACGUUGCUGCGAACAAGAGUUGCUGGGUUCAGUACCUGGGGUAUGGAGCUUCUGGUAAAUCAGUUGUAUGACCAAAGCAACCAGGUUGCUCAGGCUGCUCUUCAUGUCCUGGAGGAGGCCUGUGAUGUACAGCCCUGUCUGAGUUCCGUUAUUAAGCUGAGGCCUCAGUGCCUACACCUGGGUGAGAGAGGUGUCCUACUGCUGUGUCGCUUCAUGUCCACGUCCAAAGGAUUCAAAAUGCUCAGUGAUGCUAACUUCAUACACAACGAGGUCCAAAAAUGGGAAAAGACAUAUAAUGUUAGAUACAUUCACAUUGUGGAGGACUUGUUAAAUGAGGCCCUAACAACAUACGAGAAAACGUACGAGGGAUCCUUCACUCGCAGGUCCAGCAGGAAGAGAUCUAACAAGGAUGCAUAUGUACCAGUCCAUUUGUAUGGCCAGCUCACUCAGCAUAAGGAGGGAUUCAAUCUUCUACAACAACAGGAAUGUAUUGGAGAGUUUUUUAAGUGUAUUAAAUGUUUGGAGCUGCAUUCUGAUGAGGAUGUUCUGAAAAUGAAGACAGCAUUAUGGGCAGUGGGCCAUAUUGGGACAUCUACCUGGGGUGUCAACUGGUUGGAAGAAGAAAGACUCUUGCCAGAAAUCAUAAAACUAGCUGAGGAGUGUGGGGUCUUUUCUAUACGAGGAACAGCUUUCUACGUCCUGGGACUUCUGACCAGUACAAGGGAGGGAGCUGAAUACUUAACCCAGCUGGGCUGGGAGUCUUGCUGGCACACACGGGAGGAUCGGUGGCCGGUGGUAGAGGACCGGACAGAACUUCUGACGGAACUCCAGGAUAGUGAUAAUGGACGCUGUGAACUGGAGUCUCGGGGAGCUAGUUCUCCUGGCAUUUUAUCAUCCAGUCUUUUCUUUAUUGAGGAGGAGAAUUCAGCUUUAGACCAAGGUUGUGAGUCGGGACUUAUACACAGCUGUGAUCAAAACUCAAAUAUUGAGGCUUCUAUGUUCAUUCCAAAGAGGAGUAAAACAUUACCCAAUGAAAUCGCUUUUCAUAAGAGGUACAAGUCCCUACCAAGUAGGACUGCUAAUAUAAGAAGUUACUCUUUAGGGCAUCAUGAUCGGGACAGAAUUAUUCGCGAUGAUCAUAGACUGAUGACAAGACGAUUGAAUUCACCAUCCAGACAGACUGAGGAUGUGUUAUCGAACAAGUCACAUUCAUCUAGAGGAAGUGAAAAAAAGGAAAGUCCAAAAAAUAUUCCUGUGAUAUGUUUAUCAGACAUGGACUCUGGAACAUUUGAGGGUUCCAUGACAGAGGAUGUGGACAGUAAAGCUCCUAUCUGUGAUAACUUUAGUGCAAUGGAUGAUGAAGGGGAAGGAAUUUCUUUCAGUGUCAAAGAUAGUGAUGAAAAAUCAGACACCUCAGAGACAAAGACUCUGACGAAUCAGUCAUUAAAAAAAUCACCAAACCUGCGGGACGGUAGAUGUAGCAGUAGUGAUAGCUCGCGGACCAGUAAUAAAAGUCGUGCGGAUAGUUUUAACACAGAUUCCACUACUAGUGGGGUCAGUUCUUGUGAGUCUGGCCCACACACCUGUCUUUCAUCGGAAUUUAUGUCCCUUAGUCCUAUCGCCAGUACUAGCUCUAUAGACACAUUAGGGGUCACUGGUAGUUCAGAUGCCAGAGACCUCAUUCAUCCAUCUUCAUUCCGACGAAAAUCUUUAAAUCUAAAACGAGUGCCAAGUCUUAGAAAUAAACAAGCCAGUCCAGCAUAUGGUAUUCUGCCUUCAGCUCAGUUACUAGAGGGAAUGACAACAGAGAGUGCUAUCAUGUACACCACGUCACGGGAUGCAAUGGGAUAUGCAACGUGGCGAUCCAUCAAGCGUCAGCGCAGGAUCAGUUCCGAUGUGGAGUCAGACAUGGGUCUUAAUUCUCUUUACGGAGAAGAGGAAGGGAAUGAGAUGAUAAGAAAAAACAGUAUUGAGUCCAAAAAGAGCAUUGACACAUUUACUUUUCGUUCAAGUUCUGGGAUUCCACGUAACGCCAGCAGUGUAUCUCUAUCAGACCAGGAGAGAGCUGGAACUCCCUAUGGGGUGGCCCCUAAAGCUAUCCUUCUACAGAGGAGGCCACACACAGGAGAAGCAGAAUUCCUGGGUCUUACCCUGCCAGUAGACAUUAACAUGAUGUUCCAGGUUCAUGCAGGGGAGGAUCAGAGAUCUGAGGCUGCCCCAGUAGAGAAAGAAGAGAAUUAUCAGGAGCAGAAAAAGAAGCCAAGAUCUAGGAAGUCAUCUAGGAUUGUGCCUGCUUUGGAGAGCUUUGAACAUGACUCAACAGUAUGUCUGCUGUGUUCUCAACUUAAACGCCAAGAUAUCAGUCAAUCAGAAAUAGAGGAAGGUUCACAAGAAGAUGGGGAUCUUGAGCCAGUGUCCUUGGAUAAAGACCCUGGGAGUUUGAAUGCUGCCAUCAAACUUCAAAAGGGGUCACGACCCCGCCACAGCAGUGUUAAUGAGCCCUCCUCUGCCACUCCAGGAAGUGUUACAAGCUGUACAAGCUCCGACUCUUUGACAGUAAAGAUGUCUUAUGACAAUGUUCACGGGAAAGGCCUGAUCAGAAAAGAACUCCGAAAACUGGUGAUCAACCUGAGUAGCUCUGUCGGGCUUAAGGGCUCUGAGCAGGGACUGCUAAUGCUGAAGCAGAAGUUUCCUGCAGUGUUCAAGGACGUUUGUUUUUACUCGGAAGUUUGCCACCUUUUAUCCAUAUGUUCAUUCAGAUUAAAUGCCAGGAGAUUUGUACAGGAACUUUUUGAAGAUUUCAAAAUAAAUAAGCUGAUAGCAGAGCCUUACUCCUUAACUAGUAUGGUUGAAGGAUCAGAGAAGAAUGUGAUCCCAGUGACUAAAUUCGACAACCUGGACAGCCUCUCAGAAUACAACCAAUUCUAACAUAGAAAUGAUGCAUCUCAGACUCAAAUCUGGACAGCCUCUCAGAAUACAACCAAUUCUAACCUAGAAAUGAUGCAUCUCAGAUGGAGUUAAUUCUUACUUAAUCUGGAGAAUUAAAGGACUUAUCGCAUGAUUUUUCAAAAAUCUUAAUUUUAUGAAAAAUAUUAUCUACAACCUUGUUUAUUAAAAUACUGAAUACAAUAAACGUUGUUGAAAGCAUAUUUUAAGAGAUAUUGAGAGUUGAAAUUCAAAUACGGCAAUAUGCAUAUUUCAGUCGGAUUUCGGCAAAAUACUGCUCUGACGUCAUAGGCGACAAUUCAGUGAUAUAGAGAUGAGAAGUUGCACACUAUUUAUGGAGUUAUCAAGGACAAAUGCAGCUUAAUUACGAAAAAUGCUGAAAAAAAUAAUUCCUAACGUGCUUUUCAAUUACUAUAGAAACAUUAACUAGUUCUAAGCUAUAAGACUUUUGAGAUAUUUUCAUUUUUUAUUCCAAAUAUUUAGCAUCUGUAGGUCUGAUUACGGCAAUGUUUCGCCGUGAUCGGGAAAAAAAUUUCAAGAUCGCCAUCCUUUACAAAACAUAUGAAGGCAUACUUGCAUAAAUUAUUAUAUUAAAAACGAAGAAUAACAAAGUUAUAUAACAUUAAAUUUGUGAAUCAAAAAAGUUCAUACAUGUGAUAAGAUGACAAAUCAAAUUGUAUUGUGAUGGCGAGUUUCUUCGUCUUCGCCGCGUCUCCCUCGCUAUUGUCGCUGCUAUUUUUACAAUGUUAACAGAUUUCUCAGAUUUUUUCUUCAUAACAAUUCUAAAAUAUAAGGUUGGAUAUUCAAAUUCAUAUCGAUAAAAUCAGUGAUUUGGUCGUUCAUAACGUAGAAAAUUCAGGUUGUAUUACGUACAUUUUAGUAAGAUUAACGCGAGGAACUGAUCAGCCAUUGUCGCCUUUGACAUCACAGGGUCACGUGAUCGUUAUCUAAUUAAUUUAGAUUUUUAAUUCAGGGGGUUUCAUUUGAGUCAAUAAUUGGUUAAUUACCGCGAUUUAUCCGCUGUAAAAACACAAAAUUUAUAAGCUGUGGUCAUAAGGAACGUUUUACACUUUUAAUUUCAAAUAAUUUAGAAACAUGCAAUAAGUCCUUUAAUGACUAAAUCUGUAAAGUUUGCAAGACAUGAGUAGAAUUUCCACUGAAUGAAAAGGCUUUAGUUUUUGCAUGUCAUACCCUGUGGGUUUAUUAAUUUUCUGCUCUCGUCAACAGAGGACUGUGUAGAUUUUAUUGUCGGUGUACCAGCAAAUGAUUUUUAAACUUGAUUUGAAAAAGAUUUGUUUUUGCUAUGUUCCUGAAAACUCUUAGUUGAUGUCUAGGUAUUCAUUCCUCAUAGUCAAGAUUUCGUUCUCUAUUCCAGUAAAAUAUUACUUGUUGAUGUUUAGGCAUACAAGGGUUCCUGAGGGAGAAAUACUCCUACCUUGUCUGUGCUGACUUCUCAGCACUGGAAUUAUUUACAACUUCAUUUUGUCUUGUGUACUUUGUACGAUUUAAAGUUGUACAAUACAUGACUAUUCUACAUUCUUUUUGAUCUCUGUAAAACAUGUAAUUCAUAACACUAUAACUUGUUGUGUAGUGUUUAUGCUUUUUUCCAAAUGUUGGAAUGACAGAAGGGGAGAUUUUUUUUUUGAAUGAAUGUUUAUUGAUAUACGUGUAUGAAUAAGUGCUUCAGAAGUGCUUAAUGUUAUUUUGUAACUGUUAUACAGUUAUUAUUGUUAAAUCUAGGGCAAAUUGCAAAUCCAUGGAUUGUGGGCAAACCAGGAAACAUUUCUUCUACAGAUACUGGUACCUAACACUGCUUAACAGAAUUUUAAUCAAGUUUUUGGUAUUUGUUUUAGCAUCAGGUAACAUAGACUGGAAUAUUUGGGCACUAUGUACCUUGUAAAUGCUUUCUGGAAGAUGUUUAAUGCUGAAAUGAAUCCCAAUAUUCACCAUUCAUGAUUUCACUAUGCAACUCUCCAUCAAACCCAGUAAAAAUGCACAGUCCAAGAUUGUUGUUUUCCCACUCUUGUGUUUCAAAGUUAAUUAAUAAUCAGGAGAUAAUUAUAACAUCUGUCAUUUUUACCACUGUCCAAUGUUGGCAUUGUUUAACCUUUUAUUUUUCUUAUGUAUUUUUGAACACCAAUUGUAUUCACAUUACUCUAAUUUACAUAUUGUGAUCACAAAAUAUUUGUUAUUGAUGGAAAACUGAAAAUAAACCAAUUUACCAUGCAGAUUUAUUAGUAUUUCUUUCUAGUGUCAGGGA